GGCGGGGCGGUGCAGUCAGCACAGCAGGGCCGCCGCUGCCGCCGCCUCCGCUGCCAGGACAGCCCCGGCCCCCGCACCCCGGCACCCCAGCGAGAUGCCCCGGGUAGACGCAGACCUCAAACUGGACUUUAAAGAUGUCCUGGUCAGACCUAAAAGGAGCAGCCUCAAAAGCAGAGCAGAGGUCGACCUCACACGCACCUUCACCUUCCGUAACUCCAAGCAGACGUACACAGGAAUUCCCAUUAUAGUGGCAAAUAUGGACACUGUGGGGACGUUUGAAAUGGCUGUGGUUAUGGCAAAACAUGCAAUGUUCACUGCAAUUCACAAGCAUUAUUCUCUGGAAGAAUGGAAACUGUUUGCUGCCAAUCACCCAGAAUGCCUUGAGCAUGUAGCAGCAAGCUCAGGUAGUGGACAAGAAGAUUUGAAAAAGUUAACAAGUAUUCUAGAGGCCAUUCCAGCUAUCAAAUACAUCUGCCUGGAUGUGGCAAACGGCUAUUCAGAGUAUUUCGUGGAGUUUGUGAAGUCCGUCCGUGCCCUGUUCCCACAUCACACCAUUAUGGCGGGCAAUGUGGUGACGGGAGAGAUGGUAGAAGAACUUAUUAUUUCUGGAGCAGAUAUUAUUAAAGUGGGUAUUGGACCAGGUUCUGUGUGUACCACUCGGAUUAAGACAGGGGUGGGCUAUCCACAGCUAAGUGCUGUUAUUGAGUGUGCAGACUCAGCACAUGGCUUGAAAGGACAUAUCAUCUCUGACGGAGGAUGCAACUGCCCAGGAGAUGUCGCCAAAGCGUUUGGAGCUGGUGCUGACUUCGUCAUGAUUGGAGGAAUGUUUGCAGGCCAUGACCAGAGUGCUGGAGAAAUUCUAGAAAGGAACGGCAAGAAGGUGAAACUAUUCUAUGGAAUGAGCUCUGAUACAGCUAUGAAGAAGCAUGCAGGAGGGGUUGCUGAAUACAGGGCUUCAGAGGGCAAGACUGUGGAGGUGCCAUACAAAGGGGAUGUGGAACACACCAUCCUGGACAUCCUCGGGGGGCUGCGCUCCACCUGCACCUACGUGGGAGCUGCCAAACUCAAGGAACUGAGCAAGAGAACGACGUUUAUCCGGGUCACCCAGCAGCACAACGAGGUCUUCUCCUAGCCUAGGCCUGGGGGGCUGGAGAGAGGGCUGGGAAAGAAGAGCAGGAAGGGCUGCUCUCUUCCUUUGCUUUCUCCUCCAUGUUGUGUUAGUGGCAAACUUCCCUCUCUCAGAACGGCAGUGUCAUAGCCAUUGGCUAUGGCUUGGAUUUGGAAGGGGAAGGUCAUGCUAUUAACACAAUGCCAUUGAUUCAAAAUGCAAUUGCCUCAUCUUUUAUCAUUGUGCCUAUUUUAUUUUUUAGUCAUUUCUUCACCUGUUUUUUUUCCCCUCUGAUAAAUAGCUGCUGAAACCUCAGUUAACAAGGAAUUGGCUUGUACAGACAUGGCUGUUAACGCCUGCACACAUUCACACAUUCCCUUUUCUAAGACUGACCUGUCAACUACCACCACUUUCUGGCAGUGCACCUUUCAGAAAUUGCUGGCUGGGAGAGAAAAAGAUGAAAGGAAUUGCAUGGAGAAAAAAAUCCUCAAAUUCUCUUCAUCUUUUUUCUGGCUAAAGAACAGAUGAUAUGACACAGCUGCCAGAGGUGGAUGGUAGAUGAGGCCUGGCUGCCUGUGAGAUGUGAUGCUAAAAACACCAGAUCUCUGUCACUUUCAGUUGACAGGGCUGAUGUUGCUGUUCUUUCUUAAACCUCCCUGUUCAAUGGACUUGCCCCUUCAGAGAAGCGGGCACUGAAUGUAGCAAAACCGUGCUGGCCCCCCUGCCCCCGUCUGAGGAGAUCAUUCCGGUGACCACUUUUCAGAGCUUGCCUGCUUUAUCAUAAGUGCAGUUAUUGAAUUACCUGGGUUCCUGCUUUUACCUUCUCUCUGGGAACAGGUUUUUAAGAUAUUGAAACUCAGCAACUGUAAGCCUGACAUGGGGGGACGAUUCUUUGUAGCCCUCCCUGUUCCCUUGCCCGCUCACAUCCAUUUAGCAAAGAUGUAAAAACACUGUGCAGUGUAUUGUCUGUGGCCAGGUGGAGGAGGCCAGAGGGAUCAAAUUGCCUUCUGGUUAUGUGGUACCACUCCUUUGCAGUCCUUGACAUCAUGUAAAGCAAGAGAGAGCUUUUGGCAGAGCAGCCUGGUUGAUUGCAAGACACUGUCAGGCUUAGAUGGAGUUGAAGUAUUUGCUCUAAAGGCAGUAGUGAAUAUUUGAGACUCUGAGUAACACCUCAAUAAAGUGUAAUGGCCUGAUAAUUAAUUGAUAAAUCACAAUGAAAAUUUCUUUGGAAAUACACAUUGCAUCCACAUGAAUACCACAGUAGCUCGAUAUGAUAAAUGAUGUAAAAGUGAGCACCAAUGAAUUAAUAAUGCUUGGCCACUUACUUUAAACUGCUGCUGAGAUCAUAAUGCAGCUGGUGUUACUUCAGUACUUCAGAGUCUUACUUUCCCCUCCUGUAGACAUCUGUGGAAAGAGGCAGGCUUCCUUUGAAAAGCAAAAAAGUGAUCUGUAGGAAAA